AACAUUUCCGCCAUCUUUGUUUUCCAUGCCAAAACCUUGGCGGCCACUAGUUUGUGAUUUUUAAAGUUCACCAUUGUGUUGUUUAGCAUCACAUAGACCACAAACAUGGCUAUGGCAAGAAGAGCAGAUCGCCAGGACCAGGUCAGGUACCUAAAGGAGUUGGAGAAGAAUCGUCAGAGGGAGAUGGACAUAAAAGUUUUAGAACAAGAACGUAAAAUGGCAAAUUAUUUUGGAGAAAACAUUCAGAAAGAGGAAAAGCUACAACAGAAGAGGAGCUUAAGACAACAGUUAAUAAUGAAUAAAGAAAUUGAAAUGAAUGAUGCUAUCUUAAAGGCAGAGAGAGACAGGAUGCUGAAGCAGCAGCAGAUGGAGCAAGAUGAAAAUCUGGCCAGGGAGCUGGAGCGUGUCAAGUUUGAGCAGCUGAGGGAUGAGAAGAUGAGACAGCAGAUUAGAGAAACCAGCUUAGAACUUCGGGAACUAGAAGGAAAACUUCGGGCUGCCUACAUGAACAAGGAGAGGGCUGCUCAGAUGGCAGAGAAAGAAGCUCUGAAAUAUGAUGAUAUGAAACGUGACUCAGAAAUAGCUAGACAAAUGAAGGAACAGAAUGAGAGGGCAGAGGAAGCAGAACAUCAAAGGGAGCUUCUUAGAUACAAAGAGAUGGUGCGCUAUCAACAAGAGUUGGAGCGACAGCUGGAAGAGCAGGAAGCCCAGAAACAACAAGCUUAUGAGGAGUUCCUCAAGGAGAAACUCAUGAUUGAUGAAAUUGUUCGCAAGAUUUACGAAGAGGAUCAGAAGGAAAUAGAGAGACAGAUGAUGAAAAGAAAAGUCACCCAGCAAUACAUUGAAGAGUUCCAAAAGGCUAGGGAAGCCUGGAAGGUGCAGGAGAAGAAGAAGAUGGAUGAAGAGAAUCAGAGAAUUCUCAGGUUUGCCAAAGAGAUGCAGGAGAGGGAAGACUACGUCAAGUCUCAGAAGAAAGAGAAGGAUGUUGCAAUGGGCAAAGUACAGGAAGCAUUAGCCCAGGAGAUUGCCAGGAAAGAAGCAGAGCGAGCAGAAAUGGAGAGGAUCAGGCUGGAACUGGUUAUUGAAGAGACAGAAGAAAGGGAAAGGCAAAGGGAGAUGGCUGACAUUGAGCGACAGAUCAGACAGAAGAUUGACCUCCAAGUCACACACGCCCAACAGAUGCAGUUCAAGGCACUUAGAAUGGAGGCUGAAAAAGAAGAAGAGGAGGAGUUUAAGAAACAGAUGUUGGCCAAGUUUGCUGAAGAUGACCGCAUAGAACAAAUGAACGCCCAGCGUCGCCGCAUGAAGCAGCUGGAGCACCAGAGGGCGGUGGAGCAGCUGCUGGAGGACAGGAGGACUCAGUUUGCCCGCGAGAGGGAGGCGGAGGCUGAGGCCAGGCUGGAGGAGGCCAAACUUGAGCACAUCCGCAAACAGAUCAUUGAGGAGGAGAGGCAGAAGUUGUUGAAAGAGCAUGCUAAAAAAUUGAUAGGAUAUUUGCCGAGGGGUGUGAUAAGAGAUGUGAAAGAUCUUGAAAUGCUGGGACCAGAAUUCAAAGAAGCUUAUUCACAGCGACAGAUAGAUCCCUUUGAUGAUACUGCCUGGUCAAAAUAAAUAAAGGGAAAUAAUAGAAUACCUUAUCUCAAAUUUUGGAGUGAUUGGUGGGAAAUGUUCAUAUUAAGUAUUUUAAAAAGUAAAUGCAAACACGUUUUUUCAAGGUCGUGUAAUGUUGAUUUAAGUAUUAUUAGUUAUCUAUAAUAUAAAAUCAAAUUGUUUUUACAGUGCCAAGGAAACCUAUUGUGAAUUUGUUUUGCAUAUUUUCCCUUUUUGACACCUUAAAUUAUGACAGAAUUUCGUCUGCAUUAAUAUGUGAUAUAUAAAAAAUGAAUAUGAGAUAAUGAAUCUGUUGCUUACAAAUUUUUAAAUAUAUAAUUCUUAUACGUUUUGUACAUAGAUAGACUUAAUUUUUUAGACAUUCAGUUUUAUAUAAUUUUUAUUGUUUUGUAAAAACUACGAUUGGUUUUUGUUACCACUUGAAAUUGGUUUAUUGAAUAAAAGUAGCAAAUAUUUUGCCCUAUAUUUAGGAAAUUGUUUUGAAGGUGUAGGACUACAGAAGUUUAAAAAAAUAUUUGUUUCCUACCAUAAAAAUAAAAAUUGGUUAUUAUUCAAAAAAGAAAAUUAAUUUAUAAUGCUACUAUUUUUUACAUGAACUUAUAGGACUUGUUUGGUUCUAUUUAUUUAUUUUUUUAGAGUGUGUGUAAAUAUUAGAAUGGAUCUGAAUGAAAAAGCUCACAGCUGAAUCACAUUUGUGUACAUUAUGAGGGUGAUAUGUUUCAUUCUGAAGUUUAUCACUGAACAAAUAAACAUUGACAAAACC